GUCCAAGCGGCAUCUCCCGAGCUCUUACUUUCGCCAAUUACUUGCUGAGCAACAGCUAUUCUGCUGGUGAGUUCGAGUCAUUUCGUCUCCUCCAAAGCCGGGCAACUCGCUGGCUCCGUCUCGUCCUUUUUGCGCCACCCCCACCACGUCGGGCAUCCCAUCCUAGACGUGGACGAGGAGCUUCCGCACUGCCCGCGAUGGCCGAGAUGGAGCUUUAGUAAUGGCUCCGAGCUGUCUUUUGUUUCUUUCUUUAUAUACUGCGGUUGCUGCUUCCCAUCGGCUUCUCUUGGCUGCCGCUUGAGCUCAUCAUUGGUGCUGAAUUGGAGAGCCGAGUUGAACCUGAGCAAACACGCCAAGUCUAGUCGACGUGGUGACCUGAUCCUUGUUCCAUUGCAAUCAAUCCCGGCGUCUUUAUUAACAGCUUGAACCAUUGCCAGACUACCAGCGAUUUAAAGAGUAAAACAAAACAACACAAAACAGACCUCGCAAUGGCUCCGGCAAACACCCUCCCCGCUUGGUCUGAGCUCCAGGCUCAUCGCGACGACGUCGCCAAGAACUUCGUCCUCAAGGAGGCCUUUGCCUCCGACGCCGACCGCUUCGGCCGCUUCUCGCGCACCUUCAAGGCCGCCGGCGUCUCGGCCGACAUCCUCUUCGACUUCAGCAAGAACUUCCUGACCAACGAGACCCUCGACCUGCUCGUCAAGCUCGCCGAGCAGGCUGGCGUCGAGCGCAAGCGCGAUGCCAUGUUCCGCGGCGACAAGAUCAACUUCACCGAGAACCGCGCCGUCUACCACACUGCCCUGCGAAAUGUCGGCGGUUGGGACAUGAAGGUGGAUGGCCAGGACGUCAUGAGCGGCCCCAACGGCGUCAACAGCGUGCUGGAGCACAUGAAGGAGUUUUCUGAAAAGGUCCGAAGCGGCGAGUGGACUGGCUUCAGCGGCAAGAAGUUGACCAACAUUGUCAACGUCGGCAUUGGUGGCUCUGAUCUCGGCCCUGUCAUGGUCACUGAAGCUCUCAAGCACUAUGGUGCUCCCGACAUGACCCUCCACUUCGUUUCCAACAUCGACGGCACUCACAUGGCUGAGGCUCUAAAGGCCUCCGACCCCGAGACCACCCUCUUCCUCAUUGCCUCCAAGACCUUCACCACCGCAGAGACCACCACCAACGCCAACACCGCCAAGUCAUGGUUCCUCGAGAAGACUGGCGGCAAGGGAGACGUUGCCAAGCACUUUGUUGCCCUGUCCACCAACGAGGCCGAGGUCACCAAGUUCGGCAUCGACAGCGCCAACAUGUUUGGUUUCGAGAGCUGGGUUGGCGGCCGUUACUCCGUCUGGAGCGCUAUCGGCCUGAGCGUUGCUCUGUACGUCGGCUACGACAACUUUUACAAGUUCCUCAGCGGUGCCCACGCCAUGGACAAGCACUUCCGCGAGACUCCCCUGAAGGAGAACAUCCCCGUCCUGGGUGGUCUGCUGGGUGUCUGGUACUCUGACUUUUUCCAGGCUCAGACUCACCUGGUUGCUCCCUUCGACCAAUACCUCCACCGAUUUGCUGCUUACCUCCAGCAACUGUCCAUGGAGUCCAACGGCAAGGCCAUCACUUCUGAUGGUUCUACCGCCAAGUACACCACUGGCGCUAUCCUGUUUGGCGAGCCUUGCACCAACGCCCAGCACUCCUUCUUCCAGCUUGUCCACCAGGGCACCAAGCUGAUCCCCGCCGACUUUAUCCUGGCCGCCAAGUCUCACAACCCCAUCCACGACAACCUGCACCAGAAGAUGCUGGCAUCCAACUACUUUGCCCAGGCUGAGGCUCUCAUGGUCGGCAAGACUGACGACCAGCUCAGAGCUGAGGGCACCCCUGAGGAUCUCAUCCCUCACAAGCGCUUCCUUGGUAACCGACCAACUACAUCCAUCCUGGUGGGAGAUGUCAUCGGCCCGGCUGAGCUGGGUGCUCUGAUUGUCUACUACGAGCACCUGACUUUCGUCGAGGGUGCCAUCUGGGACAUCAACAGCUUCGACCAGUGGGGUGUCGAGCUGGGCAAGGUCCUUGCCAAGAAGAUUCUCAAGGAGCUCGACGAGCCCGGCAACGGCGAGGGCCACGACGCUUCUACCGGUGGCCUGAUUGGAGCUUUCAAGCAGUUUGCCAAGAUUUAAAUAGUCAAAAUAUGAAUUAGAAAAAAAGAAGGGAGGGAAAAAAAAAGGGGGGGAGUGGAAAGAGAUUUUGGGAUGACAAAGCAUAACACGAAAGUUAGCAUCUAAAAGACUUGAAAAUUACUAAUGAAAGAGAUCAAAAACAUGCUCUAGUUUCCUACAGAGCUAGAAUUAUUAUCGGUA